CUCAGCUUCCUGUUUUGUUUUUCUUUCGCUCAAUGUCUGCUGCUGCUCGGGUCCGGUAGAUAUGGAAGAAUUUGCGAGGCGGGGAGACAACCACGACCUGCCCGCGAAGAAACGCGCUCUCUUCAAACACUGGUGGACCGUAUAAACCGACCAGAAGCGGCGGGCGGCAGUAACACCUGCCGCGGGGCUUCAGACGCCCUCACUCCCCCCCAGCGACAUGGCACUCAGCUCGGGCGGCUGGGCUCCUCCAGCCUCGGUCCCUGCAUCGUCCCAACAGGCUGCAUGCGGCGGCCCUGCGCCGACGGCUUGCUGCAGUACAGUUUUAAUGUCGGUCCGGGUGUCGGUAUGUCAUUCCGGGAUCCGGCCCCUGUGUCUCCCCGGAGCGGGCAGCGAGGCUCUGCGCCUACAGCUCAGCAUGGACCCGAGCCGGGCCGGAGAGUUCCGACUGGCGCUGCGAGAUACGAGCGGAAACCGCAGCGUGUUCAUCGCAGAGUUCGACCUGCGCUCGGUGCAGUACGAGGUCAAAUCCCCUCGCUGCCACGAGAUGCGUCUCGCCGCUCCGCCACACGACUGCAUCCGCUUUAACUUCCGCUGCGACCGGGAAGCCGAAGAAUGGGCCACGGUGGUGAUGUCAUCACUAAGAGAGGCACAUCGAGUUGCAAAUAUUAACACAUACGAAUCAGACGGCGGUCAGCCGAACACGACCGCAGCUAUGGAGCAGUGGAGCUCAGCCUCGCUGCCUCUCACCGAGGAGCUCUGCUUGGAGCUCGCCAGGGCGAUUGAAGCGGGUGACGCUCAAGCCGCUUCACAGCACGCAUCUGCUCUGGCUCGGCAAAAAGCGGGGCUGACAAUUCAGCUGUCUGAAAAGAACUACGCAGACGGAGAGAUCAGUUUAUCUGUAGUUGUGGAGGAUGUUUCGUCAUCUUGUUGCGUCACAGUGAAAGUUUUUCCCUACAUGACUGUGGCUGCACUGAAGCAACAGGUGUUUCUAGAGUAUGGUUUCCACCCUCGCGUGCAGCGCUGGGUGAUUGGUCAGUGCUUGUGCACAGAGCCAAGGUCACUGGCGUCCUACGGCGUGCAGAAGGACGGAGACACAGCGUACCUCUAUCUGAUCUCUGCCCGCCAAGCCCGCAUUACCCGCCAGCUGUUCCAGCAGGACCUGGAGAGCGCCCUCCUCGCCCCGCCUCUUCCCCCGGGCAACGGUCCCACCUCCCAAGACUGGAGAGGGUACAGCACCCUGCCUUCAAGACUACCCCACAACAACCAGGGGAGCACAGGUGGAGGAAGCGAUAGACCAGGUGAUAUUAAAGAUGUCCUCGACAUUGAGAAUCUGCAACUGAAUGACAAACCCAACAAAGCCAGUAAAACUCAGACAGAGUGGGCUUGUCCCUCAUGCACUUUCAUCAACAAGCCCUCCCGUCCAGGCUGCGAAAUCUGUGCUACAGCCAGACCGGAUACGUCCUGCAUCCAGCAGGAAAAAGGAAGGAGAGAGGACCGAGGAGAGCCCGGUUUAAGCAGCAGCUGACUGCCCAUCAUCAUCCUUCACACACUUACACACACACACACACUCGCACACACACACAGGGUGAAGAUGCUAAUUCUGUCGUACAUGUCGACAACAUACUCAUAUAAAGACUGUCCAGUGCACUGAGAGUCCCGACGGCUGGCUGGCUGCUGACGACUGGAGCGUUUAAAGCACUGUAGCAUGACACAGAGCUGCACGGCUCGGGCAAUGAACUGCAGACAGAGUCAGCUUUAACCAUUUAUACGGACAUGACAUGACCAUGACAUACAUAUGAAUUUGGCCAGAUCUCUUUCUUAUUUAUUUUAAAUGGUGUGUGUGUGUGUGUGUGUGUGUGUGUGUGUGUGCGCGGAGCAAACAACACGGACGGCCUAAUAUUUAUUUUAGGGGAGAUGGACAUGUUAAUUCUUUAUAUUUGAUUUCAGCCGAAGAUGAGGGAAUGUCAGGCUUUCAGUUUCUGCCAACUGUGAAGUUAGAGAAAAGGUGAAGCCUUGUGCAAUACCCUGAUCUGUUUGCUAGUGCGUCAUCUGUUGGUGCCAAAAUAUUGGGACUUUUGUUUGUUUUUUUUGAAAAAGCCGUGUUGGAGAUGAGAAGGUAUGUCAAGUUUACAGGGUUGUCAAGUGCUUUUAUUUUUUUAUAACAUUGUAUUAAGUGUAUUAUUUUUAACAAGAUGCAUUGAGUAAUUGAUGUACAUUUUAGCAGUUGAUCUAAUCUUACUCGAUUCCCUCUCAGCUGUGACAGCAAUGGAAUGAUCUGUUUUCAGUACAUAAUACUGUAAAAAAAAAAAAAAAAAAAAAAAAAAAAAAAUUGCAUUAGCUGAAUAAACAUAAUGAAACAAAUCAUGUCAUGUCUAUUUAUCAACUUGUAGUUGUACAGCAGGUUUUCAAGGCACAGAUGAAUUUAUUCUGCACAGUGCUUUAAUUAUAGCGUAGAUAUAUUGGAUUUUAUUGUAUAGUGUUUUAGGGUUAUAAAUGCAAAGACUAACUUCCAGUAAAACUACUUUCCAUUCACAUCUAUUGCUAUUUUUAAGUGGUUGAUCACUGAACUUCUUUAAUGAUCCAUGACUCAAUGCAAAUUUUAAUUUACAUGAAAUCUAUGUGUAAAUUAUUUAUUCAAUGACUAAUAUAAGGUUCUUGAAUUGAGUGGAUAUUAGUGUCUUUGGUUUUAGGAUGAAUGUUCUGUGUUCAUUAUCAGAUCAAGUGCGGUAAUGUGAUGUAAGCGUUAUGCUUGAAAACACGGGGAUCCAAACUUUUUCAGUCUUUUAUUAUUUUGGCAUUUAUAAAUAAGAAAUAAACAUGUUUCAAACAAAGUUAUCAAAACAAGUAUAAAAAUAUGGCGAUGCAGCGACGGCUUGUUCGACAGAUGCAGAUGUACAGACGUCUUGAAAGAGACAUACUACCAACCAGCUUUUUACCAGUUUCCAGUUCCAGUUACCAUGUUUGUACUGUCUAAACUUCUUCCUUCUAUUAUCGAUUAAUUUCCUGAUUAUUUUCUCAAUUAACUGAUUAACUGUUUGGUCAAAAUAGUGAAAAAUGACAGUCAAAGGUGACAUCCUGUAUCUUGUUUUUUUUGUGGCUAACAGUCCAAAACCCAAAUUUAUUAAGUUUACUAUUGUGUAUGACAAAGAAAUGCAGUAAAUCUUCGCAUUUGAGGAGCUGAAACGCUUGCCAUUUAUCAGAAAAUGACC